AUGACCAAGAAAGCCUCGACCAUCUCACUCUCACUUGCCAAUCCACCUUCUACUACCGAUAAGUGGAGCAAUAUCGGCGCUGGGGUAAGGUAUUUCCAGCCUUCCGAUUUCGAACGUACCAUUCCUCAAGGUGAUCAUACGACUAACUUCGAUAAUCGAACGUUCGGAUAUCCGCCAAUUGGAGUACACUCGACUCCCACCGCUCACGCUGAAGUACAGCCCAAUACGCUGUUCACGGCGAUGGGCAAAGAAAAGACAUUGGAAGAGCUAGCCUCUGAUUCUGCAAAGACCCUGGGGUUCAGCGAGGGUGAUACCAACGUAGUUGUCGAUGAUAUGUCUGGACAGAGUUCAUAUGAUAGAUACAGAAGACGAAAUGCCCAACCUGCCAUUCCGCCCAUCCCGCUUUCACCAGCUGAAGCGGGGUCAAUGAGUGAGAAUGAACGAUCGAUGGAGAGAAGUAAUAGCAAUAAUCCAUUCUUACCUGAAAACAUGAAGAGGGGAGUCCAACAUCGAGACCAAUAUCCCCAGCCUGGUUCUUUUGGACAUGGAGAUUGGUAUUAUAUCACCCCUCAUGAUGAUGGGAGAGGAAGUGAUAAGUCAACUCAACUUGGUGAGAUUGAACAAGACGGCCAUCCCAAUGCCAACAUUCAAAACUACGGCAAAGUAGAAACUUUCCCAAGCACUGAAAAUGGGGAUGACAAUCUUGCCAUCACAGAUGAACAUCCCGGUGCAGUCCAUUUGCGUCAACAAGAUUACCAUCCAUCUUACAUUUCGAAUCUCGAAUCGGAUAUUCACACCUUACAGACUGAAUUAUCCUCUCUCAAGGAGGAUUACGCAGCCAUGGCCGAUCGUAAAGAACACUACAAAGGUAAAUACCACCAGACCCAUACCGAUCUAACAGAGUCGAAUGAACGAAUUGAACAUCUAAGGAAGAGCGCACGCGAAUUCCGUGAAAUGUAUGAACAAGCUUGUGAAAUUUCUCAAAGGAAUUAUACCAAUUGGAGUGAAUCUCAAUCUAACGUAUUACGCCUCAAUGAAAAGAUCAAAUCUCUCUUAAGUGAUGAAGAAACUACGCAAAGUAGGAUCGAGAGGUUGGAGGAUGAUAAAGUCAGAUUGUAUGCUGGUAAUCAUGCUUUGAGAAGUGAGAUGAAAGGAUUGGAUGAACAAAUUAGAACUUAUCGGGAUGGAAGUUAUCAAGAUGGACUUCGUAUUGCAGAAGAGAAGAAGUAUAGUGAGAGCCUUCAAACGAAGGAUGAAGUGAGGGAGCCAACUCAAGCUCAAGAUGAUCAAGAUGAUCAAGCGGAUCGAUCCGAUUGA